UGCCGAAGAAGGAAAUUGUGAUGCACUCUCUCUUCCACAAUCUAACGAAAGGUUUCCUUUAUUCUCAUUUCUGCUAGAUCUUACUCUCGUUUCACUACCUUCCUCCCUCAGCUCGCAUUUUCUAGCUGCAUUCAGUUUUAUCCUUGAUGAUUUUCGGCUUCGUGAACUUGUCGUGCGAGAUCACGUUGAUCUACUGAUUUACAGCAAGCAUAAGCAUUUUUCCUGUGUGGUGGGAGUGACAAAUCUGAAGUGGAGAUCUCGGGAUCAGGCUCGUAAGAAGCUGGCGGCGACGGCGACGUGGAGGGCUGCUGCCACCAACGGCAGCGCCCACAGUGAUAUGGAGAGAAGUGGAGAAACAAAAUCUCAGGACUUGGAGCUUUCAACUCCUCUUUCCCUCUACAAAAUGAAUUCAAGGGAUAGGAGUAGCAUGGAGGACCCAGAUGGGACAUUAUCAAGUGUUGCACAAUGCAUUGAGCGCUUGCGGCAGAGUUCUUCAUCAUCACAAGAAAAGGAGAAUUCAUUGAAGCAAUUACACGAGCUAAUUAGUACAAGGGAAAAUGCUUUGGAUGCUGUUGGAUCUCAUUCCCAAGCAGUUCCAGUACUUGUCUCUCUUCUUCGUUCUGGAUCGUUGGCAAUAAAGAUACAUGCUGCUACUGUUUUAUGUUCUCUUUGCAAAGAGAAUGAAUUGCGUGUCAAAGUCUUGCUUGGAGGUUGCAUUCCACCACUGCUUGGUCUUCUUAAAUCAAACUCAGUUGAUGGACAAAUUGCAGCAGCAAGGGCCAUAUUUGCGGUUUCACAAGAUGGUGCUAAGGAUCAUGUUGGCUCAAAAAUCUUUUCGACAGAAGGAGUUGUCCCUGUCUUAUGGGAGCAACUAAAGAAAGGACUUAAGGCUGGAAACAUGGCAGAUGAAUUGCUCACCGGCACUUUGCGAAAUCUUUCUGGCAGCACUGAGGGAUUUUGGUCUGCUACUAUUAAAGCUGGAGGAGUCGAUACACUGAUCAAAUUGCUGACUUCAGGCCAAUCAAGUACACAAGGAAAUGUAUGUUUUCUUAUGGCAUGUAUGAUGAUGGAGGAUCCAUCUGUAUGUACAAAAAUUCUGGCUGCAGAGGCAACUAAACUGCUUCUCAGGCUACUUGGACCUGGGCAUGAUGCUUCUGUAAGAGCAGAAGCUGCAGGUGCUCUUAAAUCUCUUUCUGCUCAGUGCAAAGAAGCAAGGCGGGAGAUUGCUAGCGCGAGCGGUAUACCUGUUCUAAUCAAUGCGACAAUAGCUCCUUCAAAAGAAUUCAUGCAGGGUGAGUUUGCGCAAGCUUUGCAAGAGAACGCAAUGUGUGCGCUUGCAAACAUAUCUGGUGGCCUAUCGUAUGUCAUAUCAAGUCUUGGUCAAAGCCUUCAAUCAUGUAGCUCCCCUGAUCAAGUGGCAGACACAUUGGGAGCAAUAGCGUCUGCGUUAAUGAUAUAUGACAGCAAAGCAGAAACUGCUAGAGCAUCGGAUCCCAUGGAGGUCGAGGAGACAUUGCUACAACAGUUCAAACCUCAGUUACCCUUUCUGGUGCAGGAGCGAACAAUAGAAUCCCUUGCUAGUUUGUAUGCAAAUACGGUAUUAUCAAGCAAACUAGCAAAUUCUGAUGCAAAAAGGCUGCUUGUUGGUUUAAUUACCAUGGCCACCGAUGAGGUUCAGGAAGAGUUGAUAGGGUCUCUUUUGAUUCUUUGCAAAACUGAUGGUAGUUUGUGGCAAGCCCUUCAAGGUCGCGAUGGGAUUCAGCUUUUGAUAUCACUUCUUGGUCUCUCAUCAGAGCAGCAGCAAGAGUGUGCUGUAGCAUUGCUCUGCCUUCUAUCUCAUGAAAAUGAUGAAAGCAAAUGGGCUAUUACAGCUGCUGGUGGCAUUCCUCCUCUUGUUCAAAUUCUGGAAACAGGGUCUGCAAAAGCCAAAGAAGACGCUGCAUUAAUACUUGGAAAUCUUUGUAAUCAUAGUGAGGAUAUACGUGCUUGUGUUGAAAGUGCUUCUGCGGUCCCUGCUCUACUUUGGAUACUAAAGAAUGGAAGUUCCAAUGGCAAGGAGAUUGCUGCUAAGACCUUGGGUCAUUUGAUUCACGAGUCUGAUACAGCAACGAUCAGCCAACUUUCUGCAUUAUUAACCAGUGAUGUACCUGAAUCCAAAGUCUAUGUUUUAGAUGCCUUGAAAAGUUUACUCUGUGUGGUCCCUCUGAGUGAUAUGAUAUGUGAGGGUAACGCUGCAAAUGAUGCUAUUGAUACGAUGAUAGAUAUCUUAAACUCUACCAACGAAGAGACUCGGGCAAAGUCGGCACGGGCAUUGGCUGGAAUUUUUGAACUGAGGAAGGACUUGCGUGAAACUAGCACUGCUGUUAAGACCCUUUCAUCAGUCAUGAAGCUAUUGAAUGUUGAAUCUGUAAACAUUUUAGUUGGAGCUUGUCACUGCCUUGCCGCAAUCUUUCUCUCUAUCAAUGAGAACCUUGACGUCGCUCUUGUCGCUAAAAAGGCUUUCCCCUUGUUAGUGGCACUUGCAAACUCCUCAAUGCUUCCGGUUGCAAAUGAAGCAGUCUGUGCUUUGGCAAGUCUGCUUUUAGACAGUGAAGCAUCAGAAAAAUCUAUCCCUGAAGAAAUUAUACUGCCUGCUACUAGAGUUUUGCGUGAGGGAACAAAUGCUGGCAAAGUCCAUGCUGCAGCUGCAAUUGCUCGGCUUCUGCAUUCUCAUCAGAUUGAUUCUGCUUUAACUGAUUGUUUAAAUCGCACCGGAACAUUUCUGGCUUUAGUUUCUUUCCUUGAAGGGGCUGAUAGUAAAUCUGUUGCUGCGUCAGAGGCUCUAGAUGCACUUGCUCUCCUCUCAUGGCCUAUUGGAGAUAUUGGGCACAACCAACCUUCUUGGGCAGUUCUUUCUGACUACCCAAAUAGCAUUACACCUGUAGUUUCAUGUAUUGCUGAUGCCAUACCGCAUUUGCAAGAUAAAGCUAUAGAAAUACUCUCUCGGCUCUGCCAAGCUCAGCCACUAGUUGUUGGGAACAAAGUUGUCAGCAUCACCGGGUGCAUUUCAUGUAUUGCAGGAAGGGUUAUCAGUUCCUCAAAUGCAAGGGUUAAAAUUGGUGGAGCUGCACUUAUUGUUUGCAGUGCAAAAGUGAAUCAUCAAAGAGUAGUUGAAGAAUUAUAUAUGUCUGAUUUGUGUACUUCACUUGUGCGUUCUCUUGUUGGAAUACUAGAUUCUUCCGAGUCAUCUCAAGUUGGAGAUCAGGGAAGCAAAGAUAUCAUAAGUAUCUCCAGGAUGUAUAACAAAACAACUGAACACAACUCAGAGAAAAUUACUUCCUUCAUAUAUGGUUCGAGUAUAGCUAUCUGGCUCCUUUCUGUUCUUGCUAGUCACAGUGACAAAAAUAAGCUGGAUAUUAUGGAGGCUGGAGCAGUUGAUAUUCUCACAGAAAAAAUCUCUCAGUCCUUUUUCCAGUGUACUCAGUCUGAUUACAAAGAAGAUAGCAGUAUAUGGAUAUCUGCCCUAUUAUUAGCUGUCUUAUUUCAAAAUAGAGAUAUCAUUCGUGCAAAUGCAACCAUGAACGCAACUAAAGUGCUAGCUAGUCUUUUGAGGUCAGAGGUGGCAGCAAACAGAUUUUUUGCUGCCCAAGCUUUGGCUAGUCUGGUCUGUAAUGGUAGCAGAGGAACUCUUCUGUCUGUUGCAAAUUCAGGGGCAGCUGUAGGACUGAUUACCUUGCUUGGUUGCUCUGAUGCUGAUAUACAUGACCUUCUGGAAUUGUCUGAGGAGUUCACUUUGGUAGGCUAUCCCGACCAAGUUGCCCUUGAGAGACUGUUUAGGGUGGAUGACAUUAGAGUCAGCGCAACGUCUAGAAAAGCAAUACCUGCGCUUGUUGAUCUGCUGAAACCUAUUCCAGAACGCCCUGGAGCACCUUUCCUUGCACUAGGACUUCUGAUUCAGCUUGCGCAAGAUUGUCCUUCUAAUCAAACUGUCAUGGUGGAGUCAGGGGUUCUAGAAGGUUUGACAAAGUAUCUUUCUCUAAGCCCGCAAGAUGCUGAACAAACUGCUACUGAUUUACUUGGAGUUCUGUUUAGUACACCUGAGAUAAGGAAACAUGAAGCCGCAUUGGGCACUGUCACUCAACUUGUCGCAGUUUUGCGUUUAGGUGGAAGAGCGGCAAGAUAUAGUGCUGCUAAAGCAUUGGAAAACUUGUUUGCUGCUGACCAUGUAAAGAAUGCAGAAUCUUCUAGGCAGGCUGUUCAACCUUUGGUUGAAAUCCUGAGCACGGGGUCGGAGAAGGAGCAGCAUGCUGCUAUUGGUGCUUUGGUCCGGCUACUGAGUGAGAAUCCAUCAAGAGCCCUUGUGGUUGCUGAUGUUGAGAUUAAUGCUGUUGAUGUGUUGUGCAGGAUUCUUUCAUCAAAUAGUUCAAUGGAAUUAAAAGGGGAUGCUGCUGAGUUGUGCUCUGUACUGUUUUGCAAUACAAGGAUAAAAUCUACCGAAGCAGCUGCUCGUUGCGUUGAGCCUUUAGUUUCUCUUCUCAUUACCGAGUAUAGUCCAGCACAUCAUUCAGUUGUGGGAGCAUUGGAUAGACUUUUAGAUGAUGAACAGCUGGCAGAACUUAUUGCUGCGCAUGGUGCUGUUAUCCCUCUUGUAGGUCUUCUGUACGGUCAGAAUUAUUUGCUUCAUGAGGCUGUCUCUAGAGCUCUAGUUAAGUUAGGGAAAGAUAGGCCUGCAUGUAAGAUGGAAAUGGUGAAAGCAGGCGUGGUCGAGAGUGUGCUUGAUAUACUUCAUGAGGCACCUGAUUUCCUCUGUGCUGCAUUCGCUGAAUUGCUUAGAAUACUCACUAAUAAUGCGACCAUUGCCAAAGCUCCAUCAACAGCAAAAGUUAUUGAGCCUCUGUUCUUGUUACUAACAAGAUUAGAGCUUGGACCUGAUGGACAACAAAGUGCUCUGCAAGUUCUUGUCAAUAUUCUAGAGCAUCCACAGUGUCGUGCUGAUUACACCCUGCCAUCUCAGCAUGCUAUUGAACCUCUUAUAUCCUUACUCAAUUCUCCUGCUUCAGCUGUGCAGCAAUCUGCAGCUGAGCUACUUUCCCACCUACUUUUGGUGGAGCAUCUUCAAAGAGAUUCUUUAGUACCACGGGUGAUUGGUCCGCUGAUACGCGUUCUUGGUUCUGGAAUUCCUAUUCUGCAGCAUAGAGCUGUCCGGGCUCUUGUCUGUGUUGCAGCCACAUGGCCAAAUGAGAUUGCAAAGGAGGGUGGUGUGACUGAGCUGUCCAAAGUCAUACUUCAAGCUGAUUCUUCACUCCCAAAUGCCUUGUGGGAGUCAGCUGCCUCUGUUUUAUCCAGUAUUAUGCAAUAUAGUUCUGAGUUCUAUUUGGAAGUACCUAUAGCAGUAUUAGUCAGGCUGCUUCAUUCAGGCACGCAGAGCACAGUUGUUGGUGCACUGAAUGCUCUUCUAGUGUUGGAGAGUGAUGACUCUAGCAGUGCUGAAGCAAUGGCUGAAAGUGGGGCGAUUGAGGCACUUUUGGGAAUUCUUAGAAGUCAUCAGUGUGAAGAAACAGCUGCCCGACUACUUGAGGUUUUGUUGAACAACGUAAAGAUCCGGGAAUCUAAAGUUACCAAGUCUGCCAUUUUGCCACUAUCUCAAUACCUUUUGGAUCCUCAAAGCCAAGGUCAGCAGGCGAGGCUACUGACAACUCUUGCUCUUGGUGAUCUUUUCCAGAAUGAGGUUCUUGCUCGAUCAGCAGAUGCCAUUUCAGCAUGCCGAGCACUAGUGAGUCUGCUUGAGGAUCAACCUACAGAAGAAAUGAAAGUAGUAGCUAUAUGUACUCUACAGAACCUCGUUAUGUACAGCAAAGCAAAUAAACGGGCAGUUGCAGAAGCUGGUGGUGUGCAGGUUGUGCUUGAUUUGAUUGGUUCAAGUGAACCUGAAAUAUCCCUGCAGGCAGCAAUGUUCGUCAAACUUCUUUUCUCUAAUAAUACCAUACAAGAAUAUGCCUCAAGUGAAACUGUCAGAGCUAUAACUGCUGCAAUCGAGAAAGACUUGUGGGCCAAUGGUGCGGUAAAUGAGGAGUAUUUGAAGGCCCUCAAUUCACUAUUUAGCAAUUUCCCCCGUCUUAGAGCUUCCGAACCUGCAACACUAAGUAUUCCUCAUCUGGUCACCUCUCUCAAGAGUGGAACGGAAGCCACUCAAGAAGCUGCCUUGGAUGCACUAUUUCUUCUCAGGCAGGCAUGGUCAGCGUGUCCAGCUGAAGUUUCUCGAGCCCAAUCGGAUGCGGCAGCAGACGCCAUACCCCUGUUACAGUACCUAAUCCAAUCAGGACCUCCUCGGUUCCAGGAGAAAUCCGAAAUUUUGCUGCAGUGUUUGCCUGGAACCCUCACUGUCAUAAUGAAGCGAGCAAACAAUUUAAAGCAAUCAGUUGGGAAUCCUAGUGCAUUUUGCAAGCUGACCCUCGGAAGUUCACCCCCACAACUAACAAAGAUUGUAUCAACUGGUCCCAAUCCAGAAUGGGAUGAGAGUUUCACGUGGUCGUUUGAAAGUCCCCCCAAAGGCCAGAAGCUUCGCAUUUCAUGCAAGAACAAGAGCAAAAUGGGGAAGAAAUCAUUCGGAAAGGUGAUGAUCCAGAUCGACCGUGUAGUAAUGAUGGGUACAGUUGCCGGAGAGUACACAUUGCUGCCUCAAAGCAAAAGCGGACCUUCAAGAAAUCUGCACAUCGAAUUUCUCUGGUCCAACAGUAAGGUGCCCCCUCCUGAGACCUGAGCUUUAACCAACUCCAUUUCAAAACAAAGUUACAAGCCUAUUUACUGAUUUCUUUAAAUUUUUUUAUUACAAAAUAUAUUGUGUGUAAAUAUAUAGUUAUAGCAAAUCCUGUGAAGCAGUUUCUGUUGCUUCUUGAUGUAUUCUUGUGUAAUUUGAGAGUUUUUUUGUUGUUGGAUUUUUUGCUUUGAAUUAUGAUGGCAGUCUUUCUAUGUAAUUGUUUGUAACCUCAUUUGUUGAUUAAAGAUAUUUGGGAGUUGAAUA